AUGAAAUGGGACUGUAAAUCACAACUUCCAAGGUGGGACUGCAACCCUGAAAUUGGGAACUGGAACUUCCAAGGUGGGAAUCGGGAGCCCCAAAUUGGGAAUCGCAAUAUUCAAGGUGGGAAUCGCAAUAUCCAAGGUGGGAAUCGGGAGCCCCAAAUUGAGAAUCGCGAGCCCCAAGUUGAGAAUUGGAACUUCCAAGGUGGGAAUUGGGAGCCCCAAAUUGAGGGUCACGAGCCCCAAACUGAGAAUCGCAACUUCCAAGGUGGGACUGCAACCCUGAAAUUGGGAAUUGGAACUUCCAAGGUGGGAAUCGGGAGCCCCAAAUUGGGAAUUGCAACUUCCAAGGUGGGACUGCAACCCCCAAACUGGGAACUGGAACUUCCAAGGUGGGAAUCGGGAGCCCCAAACUGGGAAUCUCAACUUCCAAAGUGGGACUGCAACCCCCUGUUUGGUAAUCACAACUUCCAAGGUGGGAAUCACAACUUCCAAGGUGGGAAUCACAAUCCCAACAGGGACCUGCGACCCUCAAGACGGGAAUCGCAACCUGAACUUGGGAAUCGCCGCUGCCAAGGUGGGAAUUCUCAACUCCCCCCUCCUCGAAAUCACAAAGCCAAGUCAGGAAUUGCAAUCCGCAAUGCGGGAUCACGACCUCCCAGGGCAGGAGUCACCACCCGCAAGGCCGGAUCGUGACUUCCAAGACGGGAAUUGCAACUCCAAGGCAGAAUCACGACUCCCCCCCACAAGGUGGGAUCAUAACUUCCAAGAUAGGAUCUGCAACCCCCAGGGUGGGAAUUCCAACCCCCAAUACAGGAAUUACAACUUCCAAGAUGAGAUCUGCAACCCCCAGGGUGGGAAUUCCGACCCCCAAAGCAGGAAUCGCAACUUCCAAGAUGGGAUCUGCAACCCCCAGGGUGGGAAUUCCGACCCCCAAAGCAGGAAUCGCAACCCCCCAACUCGGGAAUCUCAACCCCCCCCCGGGGCUUUGUAUUUUGUUUUUUCCUGGUUUUUUUU